AAUCUCCUUUAGCUCCCCCACAUAUUUUAUUUCUUUAUUCUCCUUUUCAGUGUGUGGCAGAGUAAGAAUUGAAUAUUUCAAGUGGUGUAAAAAGCGUCCCCCCUCCUCUCCUCCACCUCUCUCCACACUGUACCUCCUGCCACUUUUUGGCGACUACAAAUUCGCACCCAAAUCCUCACUUCUCCUUCAUGUUCAAUCUCCUUCUCCUCCUAUUUCUCUCCAAAUCCUCUUCAUUUUAAUCUCAAAGCUUCACUCCUCUGUCUUUCUCUCUGUUUUUGCUCUGCCUCUCCACGCGCUCCUUUUUGGGACGGCUUUUCCUGCUGUUUUUUGCCUUUCAAUUGUCAUAGUUUGUUGUAACUUGUUACAAUGGCAACUAUAGUUUGCCAAGGUUUGCAGUCUUGUCUUGAGUCUCAGGUUUUCGAGUCAAGGACAAUGAGGCUCAGAUUAUCUUCACCAAAACCCCACUUCUCUCAAUCCCUUGAAUUAGCCCUAAAACCUUGCUCCUUGGACUCCACCACUAAGGAACUCAGCGACAGACGCCAUGAUGAAGAUAAGCAUACGUCUUCAAUCCCAACUCCUGAUAUGGGCGGGUGGAGCUUCCUCCAAGCUCUGUCCAACACCUCUCAGGGUCCCAAAGAAUCAAUGGAGAAAGAGAAUACAUAUGUACAUCCUGUAGUUAAGCGUUACCCCUCAACGCUUAGCGAGAAGAGCCUGGAAUUAUGUACUGAGAACUUAGGUAGCGAAACUGGGACUGACACUUUUGAGAGGGGCAUUUUCGAACUGUCUUCAUUCGAGUCGGAAGCAGGAAAUUCUCCAACAAGGGGGCAACAGAAACCUCGUCAACUUUUUGGUGCUAGGAAAGCGAAUUCUCGUAGUUUUCCGCCUCCCUUGACAACGAUGAGUGGAUCAGAAUCCCUUCGAGUUAGGCCCCACAGAGAAGAUGGGAGGUUGAUAAUCAAGGCCGUCAAGGCCCCAUCAACACACUAUAAUUUCCAAGCUGAAAGAAGCCAUGGCCGCCUUCGACUGUGUUUUGUCAAAGAUUCUGCUUCUAAUUUUGACUCUACAGACGUAGCCUCCGCAGAAGAAACUGAAGCAAUAAUUGAAGACGAGAAUGACAAAGAAGAGUUUGAAAGUGACGUGAAUAAAGAGGAAGGGAGAGACAUUGAAGAAGAAGAUGAAGAAGAGGAGGAGGAGCAAGAGGAAGAGGAAGAUUUUGAACAGGAAGCAAGGGAAGAAAAUACGGCCUCCACCGGAAAGGAAAAAGAAAAUAGUGGGUACAUUGAAAAAGAGGUGGAGGAAAAUCAUUUGAAUGUUGGGGCUGAAAUGGGGAUGGAAGAAUUUCAAAGACCAAGCAGAUGCAAAGAAGGUGAACUAGAGAACAAAGGAUUGUUAAAUUGGGAACCUUUUUGGGUGGCUACAUCCUAAAGUUUUAUUUUGGAUCUCUGCUAUAAUCAAAUUUUACAAUUUUUAGUUUGUCCCUUUCCCUUUUUGCUCUCUUUUCAUUUUCUAAUGAAUUACUUCCUCCUUCUUCUUCUU